ACAGACUGAGGCUCAGUGUGGGUUUGGUCCUGGGUCUGGACAGACUGAGGUGCUCUCCCAGAGCCUGGCCUUCAUCAGACACAGACAGUAGGCAUUGCAGGCUGGAAGAAGCACUGUUUCUGUUGCCAUGGCAACCAUGCAAGGACUAGAGCAGACCACCAUAGAGGUGGCCCCUGGAGAAGUUCCGCCUUCAGAGAGGUCUGUUGUAAGGGCACAACUGUGGAAAGAGAACGCUGAGAAAUUCUUGAAGGGGGAACCCAAAGUCCUCGGGGUUGUCCAAGUUCUGAUUGCUCUCAUAAACCUCAUUUUGGGUAUAAUAAUGAAGAGUGAGAUAACAUAUUUCCGCCCAGUACUUUCAGUGUACGUUUAUGCCCCAGUUUGGGGUUCAGUCGUGUUCAUAAUCUCAGGAUCCUUGUCAAUUGCAGCAGGAAUGAGAACUACAGAGGUCCUGGUCACCACCAGUCUAAGUUUUAACACGAUUAGCUCUGUGGUGGCAGCAGCAACAAGUCUAAUCAGUGUCUUCAGUGUACCUAUGGGUGCACUCAACUAUGGCCAUGGAAUUAUUGUGGGUACAGAUGCUUUGAUACUCAUUUUAAAUGUGCUAGAAUUCUGCAUUGCUGUGUCCACCUCUGCCUUUGGAUGUAAAGCAGCCUGUUGUAACACCAGUGAGGUUGUUGUAAUUCUGCCACCAAAUCCUGCUGUGUCUGCAGAGGCAACUCCCAUGUUACUUCAACCAUUGGCACCACCAGUAUACCAAAAAAAAAGUUUUCCAGAAAAUCUAUACAAGACUUCCACUAGAGAAAAUAUCCAGUUCUGAUUGUGUGUGUGUGUGUGUGUGUGUGUGUACAUGCAUGUGCAUGUGUG